AUGUGUAACGUCUUAUCUUUGGUAGUUGUUGCCAAUUUUAGAAUCUCUGCUGACACCUUACAAAUACGUGAAGUGAUUCUCGGGGAGAUGGGUACUGGAAAGACCAGUUUAGCAUUGAGAUUUGUGAAAGACCAAUUUUUUUUGUGAACAGGUUUGCUUAAACUAAUUUGAUUUCAUGAAUCAAAAGAACCAACCAUAGGAGCAGCUUUUUUCACUAAAAAAUUAUCGGUAUCUGAAGGUAUUGUAGUGAAACUUGACAUAUGGGACACUCCAGGACAAGAGAGAUUCCACAGUUUGGCUCAUAUCUACUAUCGUGGUGCUGCAGCAACAAUUGUUGUAUAUGACAUCUCCAACAUUGUAAUUAGAGCCCAAAAACGGGUACAAGAAUUACAAACACAUAGAAGUCAAACGUUGGUGAUCGCAUUGGUAGCAAACAAAUCUGACUUGGAGCUUAUGAGAGAGGUUGAAACUAAGGAAGGGGAGCGAUUUGCUGAAAAGAAUGGAAUGAUUUUCAUGGAAACAUCUGCUAAGACAGCAAACAACAUCAAUGUGCUUUUUGAUGAAAUAGCUCAGAGAGUAGCAAGAGCUUUCCCUCCAAAACCUCCAGCUAUAAAUUUAGACAAUGAAGUGGAAGAUAUUAUUUUUAACAAUAUUGAAAUGGAAGAUGGAAGGAGAAAAGAUUCAUGUUGCUCGACUUGA